UGGUCCUCUCUCGAAUCACCGAUCUGAUAAGAAAUCAAUCACGAAGUGUAAUCAAAAUAUCUAGCUUAAAGCCAGAUUCUAGCCAGACUGAUUGCAGCGGUAACUCGACAGCAGCGAACUGGGAAGGCAUAAAUCUGAAAGAGGCUUUGAUAAUGAACUAAAUUGUCGUCUCUUCACACUAUCAACGACAAUGAAAAGAUGUUUGAGAAUUCGAGUUGUUAUGGGUAAAGACAGGAUUACUGAGUUGCCUGAAGAGUUGCUUCUACAGAUAUUGUCUUUACCUCCAACAAAAACUGUUAUAACCACGAGUGUUUUGUCUAAACGAUGGCGGUCUCUUUGGAAGCUGGUGCCGAAACUCAAGUUUGAAUCUGACAAUCAGGAGGAUAUAGCGAAAUUCUCAGAGAAUGUUGGCAGGUUUUUGCUUUCACACAAACCUCCGGUUUUGGAGAGUUUGCAUAUCAAAGUUAUUGAUAAGAAUAAAGAAACUAGAUGUAGUAUAGAUGUUGGAGUUUGGGUUGGAAUUGCGAUUGUACGCCAUGUGCGUGAGUUGGUGCUCGAUCUUUUUUUACUUAACUAUUCAGUCAGAUUUCCAAGUAGUGUGUUUUCCUGUGAUACACUUGAGACCUUGAAACUCAAGUGUUCGGUUCUUGCAGAUGUUCCUUCUACAGUUUGUAUGAAGUCCCUGAGAACUCUGCACCUUGUUUCUGUGGGUUUUAAAGACAAUGAAUCUGUUCGUAACCUUAUAUCUGGCUGUCCUAAUCUUGAAGAUCUGCUCAUACAUCGAGCUACCCGUUGUAAGGUGCUGACUUUGGUUAUUGCAGCGCCAUCUUUAAAGAGACUAUCCAUUCACCGUAAGAGACUAUCCAUUCACCGUAAAAUUGGUGGACAAAAAGAGGCUGGUGGCUAUGUGAUAAACGCUCCUUCUUUGGAAUACUUGAAAAUUAGAAGGUUUAAUCAUUGUGAGUGUUGUCUGAUUGAGAAUGCGCCAGUGUUAGUCAAGGCAACUAUUAGUAACGUUUCUUACAUCGGUAAUGAGAAGAUUUUGGGAUCUCUCAAGUCAGCCAAACGUCUUUCCUUGGACUUAUCACCUUUGGAGAUUAAGUGCCCUACCGGAGCUAUCUUUUAUCAGCUGGUAUAUCUAGAGAUGUAUACACGUGAAGCGGAGUGGUGGAAUCUACUUAUGUUCAUGCUCGACAUCUCUCCUAAACUACAAGUCCUCAAGCUCAUUGAUCAUGAUAAGGAUGAUGCUAGUUAUAACGAUGAUGUGGUUACUAGCGGGAAAUGGAAUGAGCCAAAGUACGUUCCUGAAUGUUUGUCUUCUUGCCUCGAGACAUUUGUGUGGAUAAGAUACGGUUUGGAAAGAGAAGAAGAGAAAGAAGUAGCUACAUACAUAUUAAAGAACGCAGAACUCUUAAAGAAGGCAACCUUUUCAACUAGACCCAUUGAAUCUGAAGAGCUCAACAAGCUUGAAGAAAGACGCAAGUUGCUCCUCAACGAGUUGAGCAGAGUUAAAGCUUCAAAUUCUUGUCACCUUGUAUUUGACGGUGAAUCAAUAAUCAUAUAAAUUUACUAUAUUUUUUUAUA